CAUUCAAGUGUAGCCAUUAAGGAGGUUUUCGGGAAGUACGAUGAUGUUCUUGAACCAGGUUGCCACUUUGUUGCAUGGUGUUUUGGGCGGCGUGUGGCUGGUGCACUUUCUUUACGUGUGAAACUAAGACUAAGGACAAUGUGUUUGUUAGUGUGGUUGCCUCAAUCCAAUAUCGAGCAUUGGCAGAAAAGGCAGCAGAUGUUUACUACAAACUCACCAAUACCAAAGCACAGAUACAACCCUUAUGUCUUUGAUGUUAUCAGAGCAAGUGUUCCAAAGAUGGAACUUGAUGCUGCUUUUGAGCGAACAAAAAUGCAAAAGCUGUGGAGGAUGAACUUGAAAAGCUUAUGGUUACGAGAUAGUUCAGACUCUUAUUGUGGAUAUUGAGCCAGAUGAGGGUGUCAAGAAAGCCAUGAAUGAGAUUAAUGCUGCUUCAAGAUUGAGGAUGGCUGCCAACGAGAAAGCCGAAGUAAAGAAGAUAUUGCAGAUAAAGCGAGCAGAAAAGAUUGGAAAUGAAAUUGAAAGACCGGAGGAUGAUGCUGUUUUCUGUUGUAGUUUUAGUGAUCAAGAUGGGACAAAUGUUUAGUAUGUGUGGUUUUGUGCAAGUGGAGCAGUCAAGUGUUGUCAUCAAGGAAGUAUUUGGGAAGUACGAUGAUGUUCUUGAUCCUGGUUGCCACUGUGUGCCGUGGUAUUUCGGCAAUCGUGUGGCUGGUGCACUUUCUUUGCGUAUACAACAGCUAGAUGUUCGUUGUGAAACCAAGACAAAGGACAAUGUGUUUGUUACUGUGGUUGCCUCAAUCCAAUAUCGAGCAUUGGCAGAAAAGGCAUCAGAUGCUUACUACAAACUCACCAAUACCAAAGCACAGAUACAAUCCUAUGUCUUUGAUGUUAUCAGAGCAAGUGUUCCAAAGAUGGAACUAGAUGCUACAUUUGAGCAGAAGAACGACAUCGCAAAAACAGUGGAGGAAGAACUUGAAAAGGCCAUGUCAGCUUAUGGGUACGAGAUAGUUCAGACUCUUAUUGUGGAUAUUGAGCCAGAUGAGCGUGUGAAGAGAGCCAUGAAUGAGAUCAACGCUGCUGCAAGAUUGAGGGUGGCUUCGAAUGAGAAAGCCGAAGCAGAGAAGAUAUUACAGAUAAAGCGAGCAGAAGGGGAUGCAGAAUCAAAGUACCUAGCAGGUCUUGGAGUCGCUCGUCAGCGCCAAGCCAUAGUUGAUGGCUUGAGGGACAGUGUUAUUGCUUUCUCCGAGAAUGUUCCCGGGACAACAUCAAAGGAUAUCUUGGACAUGGUUCUCAUGACUCAAUAUUUUGACACAAUGAAGGACAUUGGUGCAUCCUCAAAAUCCAAUGCUGUUUUCAUUCCACAUGGACCGGGUUCUGUACAUGAUGUUGCUUCACAAAUUAGGGAUGGUCUUCUACAAGGAAAUGCAACAAAGUCUUGAUCACUUAGCAUAUCAUACCUCUAGCUAGUAGGUUAAGCUUCACAACUAUGUGUAUAGGGGACAACAUAUAGUUGCUAUUCUUUGUUAAGUAUUUUUUUUUUGUGGUUCUUCAAGUCAAUAAUCUGCAUAAUAAAAGAUUUGCAUAGAUUAUCCAAGUGAACCCAUCAUAUCUUCUGGAUCACACCACAACUUUGUUUUUUUUUCUUUUAUAUACAUUAUCCAAGUGAACCCAUCAUAUAAAAGGUUUUGUGGUUUGUGUAGUGUGCAUUCAGAGCACAAGAUGAGUUUGCCCUGCUAGAAUUGAAAAUUGUCCUAGAAUCAGGAUUACUGUUCCUUGUUAA